AUGCUAGGUAAUGGCAUUGACGUAACAGUUAUUUCCGGUAACCGCAGCUACGGUGACGGCUCGACCACGUUCCGAUCAGCUACAUUCGCUGUAAACGGAAGAGGAUUCUUGGCUAGAGAUAUAACGUUUCAGAACACAGCGGGACCAGAGAAGCAUCAAGCCGUAGCCCUUAGGUCAGACUCUGACUUAUCUGUGUUCUAUAGAUGUGCCAUGAGAGGUUAUCAAGAUACCCUCUACACGCACACUAUGCGUCAGUUUUACCGCGAGUGCACCAUCACGGGAACGGUGGAUUUUAUAUUUGGAGAUGGGACCGUUGUGUUUCAAAAUUGUCAAAUUUUGGUUAAGAAAGGACUCCCUGACCAAAAGAAUACCAUCACAGCACAAGGCAGGAAAGAAGCUGACCAACCCUCAGGAAGGCCGUGGAAGCAAUAUUCAAGGACAGUUUUCAUGAGGAACAACUUGAGCGACGUGGUGAGGCCGGAAGGAUGGCUCAAGUGGAACACCACUUUUGCUUUGGACACACUGUUCUAUGGAGAGUUCUUGAACUACGGACCAGGUUCAGGACUAAGCAGCCGAGUCAAAUGGCCUGGUUACCACGUGUUUAACAACUCAGACCAGGCUAACAAUUUCACCGUUUCUCAGUUCAUUGAAGGAAACCUUUGGCUGCCUUCUACGGGACUUCUGAUAUGA